UCAUUCUCCUGUGUAAGCUGUACCAACACAAGUGGUGAUACUUGCAAUGGACCUACAAUCAGCUGCCCAUCAUACUCCGACAGCUGUGCAUCCAUCUACACAAAGACCAAAUUUCUAAAAUAUGGAGUGGCAACAAACGUGGUAGUACGAGGAUGUGGAUACUCAUCAGAAUGUGCUCAGAGCUGGAAGAGAUUAAGCAACCAGUUUAUGUUGGAAGAAAUUGCCAUCAGCUGCUGCCAGGGUGACAAUUGUACCCCUAACCAACCUAAAAUUUUAACAAACACUUCAGUUCCAAAUGGGAAAAUGUGCCCUGCUUGUUUUUCACAAACGCUGACAUGCCACCCAGAGGGCAUCACCCAAUGCACAGGAGAGGAGAAUGAAUGUAUUUCAUAUUCAGUGAAAAAAACUACUGGAGGGCAAACAAGCUUGCAAUUCUCUGCAUUUGGUUGUUCAACUGAAAACUUCUGUUCUAACUAUAUUUCUAUUUCUACAUCAAAUACUAGUGGGGAGACAGGAAUAUAUACAUCAUGCGGUAGCGUCAAGACUACUAACAUUACCGGUCAUCACAACAAUGGAAAUAAAAUGACUCAUGUUAGCAUUUUUGUUCUACUGAUAGGUUUUCUGAUACAACAGAUCUACUAUUAAAUGGUAGCACUAUUCUGACCGAUGAUAAAACUGGAAAGAAGACAAAGAUU